CAGUGCGAGUUCGAAGGGCUGCGGGACCGGCGCUUCGCCAACAGCAGCGACCGCAAGAAGCACAUGCACGUCCACACCUCGGACAAGCCCUACCUGUGCAAGAUGUGCGACAAGUCCUACACUCACCCCAGCUCCCUGCGGAAGCACAUGAAGGUGCACGAGUCGUCCCCACAAGGCUCCGAGUCCUCCCCGGCCGCCAGCUCCGGCUACGAGUCCUCCACCCCCCCGGGGCUGGUGUCCCCUAGCGCCGAGUCGCAGAGCACUAGCAACCUCUCCCCGGCGGCGGCGGCGGCGGCGGCGGCAGCAGCGGCGGCGGCGGCGGCAGUGUCCGCCGUGCACCGGGGCGGCAGCGGCAGCGGUGGCAGCGGCGGCGGCGGUGGCGGCGGCCACAGCGGCCUAUCCUCCAACUUCAACGAGUGGUACGUGUAGGGCCCCGCCGGACUGCUCUGCACGGCCCCGCCGCGCCCUCGCCUCCCGGCCCCAGCGGCGGCGGCAGCGGGUAGGACGGAGAGAGCCCGCUGGAGACGUGCUGGGAAAAGCCGCCGCACCCGCUGGCAGCGAAAUGAGGGCCGAGCAGGAUGGGGACGGGGGUCCUUAUCUCUCCACACCCCUCCCGCCUUCGCGCCUUUUUUCUGUUUUUUGUUGUUGGAUUUUUUCCCUGAAUUUCUUUUUGAGAACAUUUUGAACCAGCAAAAAAAAUUUACUCUAAACCUAUGUCCUAAGAAACGCAAGAAAAUGAGUAAAUACAUAGAAGAACGGAAAGGGAAGAGAAAGACAGAGGGGGGAAAACCCAACCCCAAAAGCCACCAACCACAGCACCCAGCAAAAAGCUUCUCCAGCCGGCGGAAAGCAACUCUCCCUCCGGAGCCUCCAGACAAAAGAUCAGAGACUUAACUGCCCCGGCCCCUGCGCCUCCCCACCCGGAGCAGCCAACGCCCUCCCACCCCACCAACUGUGUACAUAGCGGCCCUCUCCUUCCUCCGGCUAGGGGGGAACGAAGUUUUCCUGGAUUCCUGGUGUAUAGAAGUUCGUCCCGUUUGUAAACCGCGGAUUGGUCCCUUUCUUCUUCUUUUUUUUUCUUCCUUUUUUUUUCCCCUCUCUUCCUCCCUCCCAAAAAAAGUGAUGGACUUGUUUUUUUUCCUACCACUCCCCUUCUCCAUCUCCUUCUCUCCUCCUUUUUUAGUUCCCCUCUUGGAAAAAAAAAAAAAAAAGGAAAAAAAAAGUAACGUGGAAGAAAAAAUGGUUUCUUUUUGUAAUCGUGAUAUCUUAAAUAUUGUGUUCCUUUUUAAGAGGCAACUUGAUUGUAUACUGCAUUUCGACUAUAGACUGGGGAAGAAAUACCGUGCCAAAGUCUCCAUUCUGUUACUCACAGACACACACACGAACAACAACGCUUGUGAAUGUAUUUUUCUGUUAGCUGGGUUUACAUGUGAUGUUUUAGUGCUUUUGCAAGUUCAAUUUGUUAGUUACUGUUCGGAAGAUUGUGAGGAAAAAAUAAACGUUGUGCCGUUAGCUUUUCUGUAAUAACACCCUUCCUCCUGUAAAUACCUGUUACCAUAUUUAUCCAUUUGUAAUUAAAUUAUGGUAUUAACUUGCUACAGAGGAAACAGUAUUUAUAAAGAAUGUUUCUUAACUAUAAAUAUGUACAAUUGUGAGCAUAAACUGUUUCAGAUUUUUUAUUUGAAGGUUUAAGUGGUUUCAUCAUUUCUUGUGAUAUGUUUUGAGAGUAAUGCAUACAGAAAUAUAAUAAAACGUGUUGAAACUGCA